UUGAAUGUACAAAACGUAGAGUUCGACCCAGUCCAGUUCAGUCCCCAAUCCAGUCCGAGUCCCCAUCACAGAGCGGCGGACUUAGCAGCAUAUCCGAUUGUGAUUUAGUUAACACAUUUUUUAACAAAAACCCCACACCAAAAAAAAACAGAAAAGAAAAAAAAAAACAACAACAAAUUUUCUAAACGAAGAGAAAAACAUGGUUUAAAAACUGCCGCGCGUGUAUAAUCAAUGAAAACAUUUAGCAACAACAAUAACGAUUAAUAAUCAAAAAUUAUAGUAGGAUAUGGUUAAUCAAAUGUGUGGAAAUCUUCAAAACGAAACAAAUUGACUUGUGCCCGCAAACUAAAAUAAACCACCAAUACCACCACCACCAGCUGCACCACCACCAGCACCACCAAUAUUCACCUGCAGCUCCCUGUUCCCCGUUUUGGUCAACGAAGAUAGUGAUUAAUUCUUAAUUGUUCACCCAAUUUUUGUUUAAUAUAUAGAAAUAAAACAAAAAAAAAUCUUAAGUGAAUAUUAUUGAAUUUCUUUAGAGAAAAUCUAAAUUUCAAGUGCCUAAACAAAACGAAACAAGCAAAUAAAAAUCUUUAAAAAUGGAUUACCUCACAACAAUCUCCGAUGGCUGGCGGGAUCUGAUGGACAAUAAAUCAGAUCCGCGAACCCGUGACUACCCGCUAAUGAGCUCGCCAUUUCCAACGAUAGCCAUCAGUCUGACAUAUGCCUAUGUCGUGAAGGUACUUGGACCAAAAUUGAUGGAAAACAGAAAACCUUUUGAACUACGUAAAGUUUUGAUUGUCUACAAUGCGGCGCAGGUUGUGUUCAGUGCGUGGUUAUUCUAUGAGUCCUGCAUAGGUGGCUGGUUGAAUGGCUAUAACCUGAGAUGCGAGCCCGUUGACUAUUCCAAUUCGCCGCAAGCGAUACGUACUGCUGAGGGUUGCUGGUGGUAUUACUUCUCCAAGUUCACCGAGUUCUUUGACACAUUCUUCUUUGUGAUGCGCAAGCGUUAUGAUCAGGUGUCGACAUUGCAUGUGAUUCAUCACGGUAUUAUGCCCGUUUCGGUUUGGUGGGGCGUCAAAUUCACACCUGGCGGCCACUCGACAUUCUUUGGCUUCCUGAAUACCUUUGUACACAUCUUCAUGUAUGCGUACUAUAUGCUGGCUGCCAUGGGACCCAAAGUUCAGCGUUACUUGUGGUGGAAGAAAUAUUUGACUGUGCUGCAGAUGAUUCAGUUUGUUCUAGUCAUGGUGCAUUCAUUCCAAUUGUUCUUCAAAAACGAUUGCAACUAUCCCAUUGGUUUUGCCUACUUCAUUGGCGCCCAUGCGGUCAUGUUCUAUUUCCUCUUUUCGAAUUUCUAUAAGCGUGCCUAUGUGAAGCGUGAUGGCAAGGACAAAUCGGCUGUGAAGGCCAAUGGUCAUGCCAAUGGUUAUGCCAAGGCGCUUAAGGAUGGUGAUGUUACUCCACAGAACGGCCAGCUGAAUAAGAAUGGCUUCCAAAGAACCUUCUCAAAAUUCACAACGGAAAUGUGCAAUCCAGCGCUCAACUCAUCCACGACGCGACAACGUGUCCUUGUCAAUGCAGGCAAUAAAUGAAGUCGUCGAUGCCGCCGCCAGCCAGCCAGCCAGCCAAACAAGAAAUAAUAUCUAAAUUAAAUUACAUUUACACAAUAAAAUUACAGUAAAAUUAAAUUAAGCAUAAGCAUAGGGAGUCCAAGCGUAAUUCUAAUUGUAAGCCAAAUCACAAAAAAAAAAAACAUGAAAAUAAGCUAGAGACGGAAAAAAAAACAAAACGAAAACCAUAUUCUCAUUAAAAUCCAAUCCAUUGCAGCCGCUUCUUUUCCCCUCCCCACGCAACAGAGAGAGAUAUAUGUAUACAAAUGCUUUCUAUCAUCCAGAAUUUUCUAUUUUCUAAAUGCACAAUGAAUGCAAUAGGAAUGAAUGAAGCUCAAAUGAUCGAAAUCUAUAUCAUUGCUGUCGUCCUCAUUGUCCAGCUUAUGUGUAUAUUAUUCUAAUGUUGGAUUUUUUUGAACAAAAGAA